AUGACCACAUCUGCUAAUGAAGGGCAAUUCUUGAACAUGCUUUUGAAGCUUAUCAAUGCCAAGAACACCAUGGAGAUUGGUUUUUACACUGGCUAUUCACUCUUGCCACUUGCCUUUGCUAUCCCCGAGGAUGGGAAGAUCUUGGCUAUGGACAUUAACAAAGAAAACUAUGAAUUGGGUCUCCUGGUGAUUCGGAAAGAUGGUGUUGCACACAAGAUUGAUUUCAAGGAAGGCCUUGCUCUGCCGAUUGUUGAUCAAAUGAUUGAAGAUUAUGUGAGAUACUAUAGGGACUUUGUUUUGGAGCUCAACGAGGCACUUGCUGUCGACCCCGGUAUUGAAAUUUGUAUCCUUCCUGUUGGUGAUGGUAUCACUCUCGCCAUCGGAUCAAAUGAGGGACUACAUUUCCUGCUAAUAUUAUAUAUCAAAUGUUGA